CUCACAAGCAAUGAGAAAUAGCAUAACUGCACUCCUCCUUUCUUAACGGAAAUGCUUUACUCUUCCCUCUUCCAGUUCUGCUAUAUAUAUUAACCAUCCAACUGUUCGAUCAUAUGCCUAGAGAGAGAAAGAGAGAGCGAGAUGGAGGAUCUCAAAGGGCUUGGCCACUUGUUCGCAUGUGCCUUUCUCUACACCUUCGCAACCUGCACCGUGAUUCCCUCCAUCACCGACGUCACCAUGGAAGCGCUUUGCCCCGGCGAGGACCGCUGCUCCCUCGCCAUUUAUCUCACCGGUUUUACUCAGGCUAUCACUGGCUUGGGAACUUUUUUGGUGACUCCUGUGAUUGGAAAUCUAUCAGACAAAUAUGGUCGGAAGACUAUGCUUACACUUCCCAUGACAGUUGGAAUAAUCCCCUUAGUUAUCUUGGCAUUUGGUCGCACGAGGCCAUUCUUCUACGUCUACUACUUCAUCAAAAUGUUCACUGGCAUGUUUUCUGAAGGCACCAUGCAAUGCCUCACCCAUGCAUAUGUGGCCGACAAAACAUGCGAGGGGCGGCGGAUCUCGGCUUUUGGUGUGCUCUCCGGCAUCAGUGCCGCCGGAUUCGUAUCGGCAACGCUAGCCGCUCGCUUCAUCCCGUCCUUCCUCACCUUCCAGGUUGCUGCUGCUGUGGCCAUUUCCGCAAUGCUGUACAUGAGAUUCUUCCUCGCCGAGACGGAUGGUGGAGCUUCUCUCGCCGACGAAUCCUGCCGUCUCCUCUGCUCUUCUUCCCCUCCCUCCGACGCCGACUCUCCUGCAAAACUGCCGAUUCUUGGGAAGGCAUCCUCGCUGUUGGACAUGCUUAGCCUUUUCAGAAGUAGCUUUAUACUGUCACGAGCAGCUGUUGUUGCGUUCAUUGAUAGCCUUGGUUCAAGUGGGUUUCAGGCCUCUAUAAUGUACUUCCUUAAAGCUCAGUUCAAAUUCAGCAAAGACCAGUAUGCUGACCUAAUGCUCAUUAGUGGGGUUGCUGGGGCUAUUUCACAGCUGUUUCUUAUGCCUGUCUUAGCACCUGCCAUUGGAGAGGAAAUACUACUUAGCGUGGGCCUCUUGGCAAGUUGUGCAAAUGUUUUACUUACAAGCAUUGCAUGGUCUUCCUGGGUUCCAUAUUUUUCUUCAUCCUUUGUGGUUUUGAGUGUGUUCCUUCACCCUUGUCUAAGAACCAUCGUGUCAAAAAGGGUCGGGCUUAACGAUCAGGGCUUGGCACAAGGUGGAAUUACAGGAAUAAGCUCAAUUGCUAGCAUAAUCUCUCCCAUGCUCUUCACUCCUCUAACAGCUUUGUUCCUCUCGGAAAGUGCUCCAUUUGACUUCAAGGGAUUUAGCCUUAUGUGCUGUGGCCUUGCUCACCUGACAGCAUUCGCUGUGAGUGUUGCUAUGAAUAAUGCUGUUCGGUUAUCGAAGCGGAAAUUUAGUGGUAGCGAAACUGGAGUAGUCUAGCUCUGUGAAGAAAAUGGAGACUUAUUAUAUUUUAAUACUACCCUUGUAUAUAAUACUGAAGCACAACUCAAUUUUAGCACACCUUGCGGUUUGACUGAUGCCAGUAUUGAGAUGAAAGGCCUGCUUUCAACUCAGAAGUUUUUCUGUUUCAAGGCAUUGCUGGUUAGCUACUCUUUUUAGAAACCAGACUCAAUGAG